AAAAGAAGUUCUGCUGUGCACUGAGAUGUUGACUCAUUUUUGACAGGCAGUUUUCAUUGGUGAGAGCACAGACUGCCGAUACUGAAAAUCCCAAUCUAAACCCUGAGCCUACCUGAACUGCCAGACUAGUGUCAGAGCUAAGCUAUGCAGGACACAUCCCAAGCACCGCUGUUCACAGUGGCGUGAGCUCAGCUUCCUGUUGUCAACAGUCUCUACGGAAUUUAAGAAACAAGUGUCAAAAUGGAAGAGGCAGAACUGCUGAAGGAGCGACUCCAAGCCAUUACAGAUAAGAGAAGAAUUCAAGAGGACAUUGGGAAAAAAAGGAUAGAAAUAGAAGAAGAAAAAUUAAAGCUUCAAUAUUUAAAGAAAAAAUCGUUGAGAGAAAAAUGGCUCAUGGACGGAUUAAGUGCCCAGAGUCCGCAGGAACAAGAGGAAAUAAGAAAGCAGGCUCAAAACGACCAGCAACAGACCACACUGCUGGAGAGUAACAUCCAAAGGAUGGAAAAUGAAAUCAAGGCUCUUGAACAGCAUGAGUUACAGAUCUCAACCAAUGAGGGAAUUAUAUUGAAAAGGUUGAAAGAAGUUGAGAAAUCUCCUGAAGAUAUCAUAAAGGCUGUAAAGGCUGAAGCCCAAAAAGAGUCAAUUGCAUAUGUUAAUUCCAAGAUCUCAGAUCUUCCGAAAUCUUACAAACCUUCAAAGCUGAAAAAAAUGGCAAGUCCAGAACCUGAACCAGAUAAUGAUCAAUCCAAAAAAGCCUUGUUUGCAAUGGAGAUCAAUGUGCAAAAGGACAUGAAGACUGGUGAAAGUCAGGUUCUGUCGAUGGCAACUGUCUCAGCUGAGGAGUUUAAAGAGAAAGGGAUUAAAGUAUACGAUGACGGAAGAAAAUCCAUUUACGCGGUGAAUUCUGCUGGGGGGAACAAUCACAAUGGGCUAGAGGAACUGUCCCCGGUUGAGGUAGAGGAGCUGUUAAGGAAAGCCACUGAAAAGAAGUCUGAUUUAGAAUACCACGAACCAGUGUUCUCAAGCCCGUACAGCAGACCCUCAACCCCCAAGAAGCAAGUCAGGGAGCAGAUCAGCCCAGAACCAAACAGUCCACAACCAAACAGACCCCAAGAGAUGUGCGGCAGACACACUCCCGUUAAAUCACAACUUCACAAUGAAAAAGCUCGUUUUCAAGAUGGCGUAGACCAUUCUUCUUUUAUUCCGCAGACUCAGUUGUCUCAUUUCACUGGAUCUCAGUUGGAAGGACAAAAGCCAGUAAGCAGAAAUAACCAAAAUAUUUUAAAAAAUGGAGACGAAAUACACAUGUCCAGAAAUCACCAAAAACCAAUGCAGAUUCCUUGCCAGGACCCAAGGGAAAACCAUUCUGCAGCAGCAUUUCUUAAUUCUGGGUACAGUAAUGGUCAAUCAUCUUUAGUCCAUCAAGAGAAUACCAAAUGCAAUGCUCUACACGCUGUGCCUGUCAAUGUUGAAAGCGAGGAACCAGUUACAAUGAUAUUCAUGGGUUAUCAAAGUAUAGAGGAUGAGGAUGAAGCUGUGGGUUUUGAGGGGGCUAUUCGGGCUGAACUGGUAGAUAUUGACAAUGAUGAUGCUGACCACGAUGCUCAGCCAUCUUGCCAUCCUGAUGGGCAGCAUAGCAAGGCUUCCCAUCCAGCUAUCAGCUCGAAGGCUGGUCAGUGUCUUCCAGAUCCACGAAUAAACCUGAACAUGAACAACAGGUCACCUUACAUGAAUUCAAUCCCGCUGCAAGAGAAAGAACCAAGCUUGACUCAUUCUCCCUACCGCAUGUAUACUGAAGGGCCAAUGACUGGAGAUGGUACCAGUGACCCUUCGAUGACAGCACUAAGACUGAGAAUGGCAAAACUAGGCAAAAGAAUGAUGUAAAAUGCCAAGAUGGGAUUUCAGUAGCUGUCUUAAGGAUUCCAUGAAGGUAAUCCAAAGAAAGGACACAGCCCGAGACUUCUUUUUUGCACAAACCGCACCAGAAUCAACUAUUCAGUGACCAUUGUGGAUGAGUUUCAAUACAGUUUAUUUCUACGAGAUAUGAAACUGCUCAAUACGCAAGUGCAUUAGGAAUCUAUGUUUGUCUAAAUUGCCUAAUGACAGUUAUUAUUAUUAUUAUUAUUAUUAUUAUUAUUAUUAUUAUUAUUAUUAUUAUUAUUAUUAUUAUUAUUAUUAUUAUUGGGAUAUUUGUUCAGUUUGUUUAUGGCUAUACUAUAUUCACUUAAAUAAAAUGCCAAAUUCAUAAUAAGUGCCUUUAAAAAGUCAUUUUUAACUCUGCUUUUUUGGUUGUUUGUAUAUAUUCACAUUUAAUAUUGUAUUUUGUAAUAGAUUUCUAUCUGUAGUAAAUUAUGUUUGGGGGAAAAAAGUAAUCCAAUGUCUAACCAAGUCCUACCUUAAAUACUAGUACAGUACAUGAAAAUGUAAUUAAAAACUAUUACUAUAUUGAUAAAUUUUGCUGUGCGCCAAACAUGCUGAUGUUGCUUUUACAGAAACAAUUAAAAA